CUUUUUUGUUAAGCUCUGCUGAUGGCAGUAAUGGAACAGUUAACUGGACGACUAAGCAAGCCCACAGUUAUAUUAUCAGCAGAAUAAAGGCUGUUGAGAAGAAUGUGUACACGAUUCUGUCUAAGGUGCACUCUGAUCGGAAUGUAUACCCUUCUGCUGGAGUUCUUUUUGUUCAUGUUUUGGAGAGAGAGUACUUUAAGGGGGAAUUUCCUCCUUACCCAAAGCCUGGUGAAAUAAGUAAUGAUCCUAUAACAUUUAAUACCAACCUAAUGGGUUACCCUGACAGACCUGGAUGGCUACGCUAUAUCCAGAGGACACCAUACAGUGAUGGGGUGCUGUAUGGCUCACCAACGGUAGAAAAUGUGGGCAAACCAACGAUCAUUGAGAUCACUGCAUAUAACAGACGUACCUUUGAGACAGCAAGGCAUAAUUUGAUCAUUAAUAUAAUGUCAGCAGAAGACUUUCCUUUGCCGUAUCAAGCGGAGUUCUUCAUCAGGAACAUGAAUGUGGAGGAGAUGUUGGCAAGUGAAGUUCUUGGAGACUUCCUCGGAGCAGUGAAGAACGUGUGGCAGCCGGAGCGCUUGAAUGCCAUAAACAUCACUUCAGCCCUUGACCGGGGAGGGAGAGUCCCACUUCCCAUUAAUGACAUGAAAGAGGGUGUGUAUGUUAUGGUUGGGGCAGAUGUUCCAUUCUCUUCAUGCUUACGAGAAGUGGAAAACCCACAAAAUCAGUUGAGAUGCAGUCAAGAAAUGGAGCCUUUAAUAACCUGUGAUAAAAAAUUUCGUACUCAAUUCCAUAUUGACUGGUGUAAAAUCUCUCUGGUGGACAAUACAAAACAAGUUUCCACCUUUCAGGAAGUGGUUCGUGGAGAGGGGAUAUUACCUGACGGUGGGGAGUACAAGCCACCCUCUGACACGCUGAAAAGCAGAGACUAUUACUCGGAUUUCCUGAUCACACUGGCGGUGCCCUCGGCAGUAGCACUGGUGCUUUUUCUAAUCCUUGCCUACAUCAUGUGCUGCCGACGGGAAGGAGUGGAAAAGAGAAACAUGCAAACACCAGACAUCCAGCUGGUGCACCACAGCGCCAUACAGAAGUCGAGCAGAGAGCUGCGGGACAUGUCCAAGAACCGGGAGGUG